CAGGUACUUGUGCUGCCUGUCCCCCAUCCCCGACCCCUUCCACGUCCUGCUCUUCAUUGCGGCGUCCGCAGGAGUCGCCAGGAUGAGAUGAAGCCCCGCCCUCCCGACUCCGACCUGAACUUGCACUUUCAAGGACAGGAGAGGGGCAGGGAGGAGCUCCUGCUGAAGUCCCUGGGUCGGCCUCUCGUCGCCAUUCCCACCGGCAUCGUCCUGACCCCCAGCACGAUGCUGCUAACAGGACAUAUGGGCCCCUGCUCAACCAAAUCUUCGGGAAGGUCAGGUGGAGCCUGGGCAGGGCUAGGGCACCUGGGGGUGUGGGGUGGGGACUCAUACCCCUCAGGCUCAGGCCACCCUGCCCCUAAGUACCAGGCCACCUACCUCUUUUGCCCCAGACUUGGCAGCCUGGGCUGUGAAGCAGGGGUGCCACAGUUAGGAUGGGUGGUGAUCUCAGGCUGGCCUGGGCAGAGCUGGUGAUGGCACCCUGGGCUCUGCGGGAGCUUGAGGCCCUGGAGCAUGAAAGGGGCUCUUUCCUCCUGGGGCUAUGGGAGUCCAGAUCCCUUUGGCUGCCCUGGGCGGGCUGGCCCUGCUGAGGCCAGCAUGAGGCCAGCAUGGGCAGGGGCCCUGGAGACAUGCUGGACUAUCCCCUACAGGACCGUGAGCUGGGCCCCGAGGAGCUAGAUGAACUCCAGGCUGCCUUUGAGGAGUUUGACACUGACCGUGACGGCUACCUUGGUUACCGGGACCUGGGCGACUGCAUGCGGACCCUGGGCUACAUGCCCACCGAGAUGGAGCUCCUGGAGGUCUCACAGCACGUCAAGAUGCGUAUGGGUGGCCGUGUGGACUUCGAGGAGUUUGUGGAACUGAUAAGCCCGAAGCUGAGGGAGGAGACAGCGCACAUGCUGGGAGUGCGGGAGCUGCGUAUCGCCUUCCGAGAGUUUGACAGAGACAGGGACGGACGAAUCACUGUGGCAGAGCUGCGGCAGGCCGCACCGGCUCUGCUGGGGGAGCCGUUGGCGGGCCCUGAGCUGGAUGAGAUGCUCCGAGAGGUGGACCUCAAUGGGGAUGGCACCGUAGACUUUGAUGAGUUUGUGAUGAUGCUGUCCACUCACUGAGGUUGCAGGAGGGCAGCUCCCUUGCCCCUCGGGCCCUGCACCCCAGGACUGAGGCUGCACAUCCUUCCCCAAGAGGUUACAGGAUGGACGGGACCCAGCUGCCCCCAGGCUUCUAACACCUGGUAACAUCUGGCAAUGUAGGGCCUGAGAGUCUGCUUGUUACGCCACCCGUCCGCCUUCAUCCUCACCUCCCCCUCCUUGAGCUGCAGGAGAACGCUGCUCACAGCUGCCCACCGUUCCCCAGUGGGAGCAAGAUUAGGAUCUCUCCAGACCCUUGGGAGGUAGGGAGCUCCCUGGUACUGGCAGCUUCAAAGGUGGGCAGUGUUGGGAGGAUCCCUGGUAAUAUGGUGUAUUGAGAAGGUGGCCAGACCCCUCUCACUACUUAGAUAUAUAAAAUGAUUUUUAUUUAAAGCCAAUUUGAAAGAUAGAAAGGAAUGACCCCAAAGAUCAAAGACUGAAAUCAAGCUAGGGUGUGGGGGGGAGCAGAUGCCGUGGUUUCACACUUGGUUAUAGGCUUGGGCACUUGGGCUCUGACACCAGUGAGUAAUAGAAGACCCAAAGAGUCUGGAAAACAAGAAAUGGCCUUCCUGGAAACAUUGCAGGGUCUCAGAGCUACCUGUUCUUGAAACAUGGACUGAAACGUAUCUCCACCGACUAGCCUGACAGAGUGGCAAGGAGGCAGAUGCAAGUUGCCCUGCAGAACCUGACCUGCACUUCAAGUAGGAGUGUGGUCUAUCUCCAGAGUGAAAAACUGAAAAAAACUGAACACCCCCCCAGAAAAACAAAUAACUGCUGAGAAGGGGCAUUCUCUCAACUCACAUGGACACAUGGAACUUCAAAAAAAAGAAAAACAAAAACCCUGAUUUCUCCCCAAAAUGAACUCAUGAUAAAAAUUAUGGUUAAAUAAGGAAACAAACCACCAUGAGGGAAGUUAGACAGAUGCCAAAACAGGAGAACUGGCAUUUUCAGUGUAAAUAAUAGAACAACCUAAAAGACCACAAAAAAAAAAAAAAACAAUAA